GCCGGCCCUUUCCCAGGAAGAGCGUCUUGGGGAACUUCUGUCCACCUGUCCUACAGAGGAGCCGUCCCCAGCCAGCCAGCCCCAGGAUGGGUGAGUUCAGCGAGAAGAAGGCGACGUGCGGCACCGUCUGCCUCAAGUACCUGCUCUUCACCUACAACUGCUGCUUCUGGCUGGCUGGCCUGGCUGUCAUGGCAGUGGGCGUCUGGACGCUGGCCCUCAAGAGUGACUACAUCAGCCUGCUGGCCUCAGGCACCUACCUGGCCACAGCCUACAUCCUGGUGGUAGCUGGCAUUGUUGUCAUGGUGACUGGUGUCCUGGGCUGCUGUGCCACUUUCAAGGAGCGGCGGAACCUUUUGCGCCUGUACUUCAUCCUUCUGCUCAUCAUCUUCCUGUUGGAGAUCAUUGCUGGUGUCCUGGCCUACGUCUAUUACCAGCAGCUGAACACAGAGCUCAAGGAGAACCUGAAGGACACCAUGACCAAGCAGUACCACCAGCCGGGCCACGAGGGUGUGACCAGUGCUGUGGACAAGCUGCAGCAAGAGUUCCACUGCUGUGGCAGCAACAACUCCCAGGACUGGAGAGAUAGUGAGUGGAUCCGCUCGGAUGAGGCAGGUGGCCGUGUGGUACCCGACAGCUGCUGCAAGACAGUGGUGGCCGGCUGUGGGCAGCGGGACCACGCCUCCAACAUCUACAAGGUGGAGGGCGGCUGCAUCACCAAGUUGGAGACCUUCAUCCAGGAGCACCUGAGGGUCAUCGGGGCUGUGGGCAUUGGCAUUGCUUGUGUACAGGUCUUCGGCAUGAUCUUUACAUGCUGCCUGUACAGGAGCCUAAAGCUGGAGCACUACUGAACCUGCCCUGGGCUUGGCCCGAGGCCCGCCUGUGUUCUGCUGCAGCUUCCCACCUGACUACUGAGCUGACACUACUGAUCACCCGGGGGGCUGGGGUCCCAGGACUCCAUUCCCUCCUCUCCGCCCCCCUUCCCUGCCAGGGAGGUGGUUGUGCUAUCAUGCCUGCGGCCCCCUGUGCACCACCAGGACCUCUGCCGACCCCACCCCCAGAGGUAGUGUCAAGUGCCUUUUGCUGCACGCCAAAGUCCUAGGCCUCUCCUCAGCAGUCAGGGACUGUUUGGGGCCUAGGCCUGGAAGUGGGGUGGUGGGGUUGUGGGGGUGCUUCUCAAUGCCUGUGUUCAGUUUGGGAUUGGGUUUAGGCAGAACUGGGCUGGCCUGGCCCAGCCGCCUGGACACCCCCUGCAAGGAGGUCAGAGGCAGACUGCCUCUGGAAGGGUCCUUGGUGGGUGGAGUAGGGGCAGGGGGUGCAGGGCACUGGGCCCGUACACAGGCCAGGCGCUUCAGGUACCUGGUGCCUCUCCUCGAGACGUGUGGUCUUGUCCCAUUCAGGGGAAGCCAAAUGUGCCCUGGUCCCCCUGGCAUACAUCCCUGCCCACUCCUCCCAGCCAGAGCCCUGGCUGUUUUCCCACUGCUGUCACCAGCACCUGAAAUGCCACAUAAUCACUAUGCAUCACCUUUCCUGUUAGAACGUCCCUGUGCAGGGGCAGGAGACUUAUUGGUUUUAUUCAUUGCUGUACCCCAAAUGCCUAGAGCUGCUCCUGCCACCUAAUAGGUGCUCAAUAAACGCGUGUUGUGGACUAGUGAACUUACAAAAGCAA